AGGGGAGCUGGGUGGGGCCCGGCCGGAGGUGAGGGGGCACUGGGAAGGGGAGGGGGAGGGAGUGCUGGAGCUGGCCGGUCUGAAGCUCGGUGUGGGGCUGGGCUGGACUGGGCAGGGCCCGGAAGGGGACCGCGCGCGCUGCUCUUGCCAGGUGCCCGCGGACUCCAGUGCCUUUGGGCUUUUGCAACAUAGGGGCGGCGGGCCCCCGUUGUAUGGCCAAGGAGCUCCGGCGGCGGGACGCCAUGCCCUGUCAUAACCAGCAGCUCGCGGCCACUGCCUCCCCCUGUCCCGAGCCGGCAGAACCCGGCGGCGAGCCGGGACAGGACCAGGCGGGAGGCCCGGCCAAGCUGCCUGCCACCAACGGCGCGGUGACUGGGCCAGCCGGGGACAGCACCGAGGGCCCCCAGCCAGAAGACUGCGAGCCUGAAGACCUCUUCUUCUGCCCGCUGGGCCCUCAGCUCAAACUGCUACCCAUGAACGACCAGAUCCGGGAGCUCCAGACCAUCAUCCGGGACAAGACGGCCAGUCGAGGGGACUUCAUGUUUUCUGCAGAUCGUUUGAUCAGACUUGUUGUGGAAGAGGGAUUGAAUCAGCUACCAUAUAAAGAGUGCACAGUGACCACUCCAACAGGAUAUAAGUAUGAAGGAGUGAAAUUUGAGAAGGGCAAUUGUGGGGUCAGCAUAAUGAGAAGUGGGGAGGCCAUGGAGCAGGGUUUGCGGGACUGCUGCCGCUCGAUCCGAAUUGGAAAGAUUCUGAUCCAGAGUGAUGAGGAGACCCAAAGAGCCAAAGUCUAUUAUGCCAAGUUCCCCCCAGACAUUUACCGGAGGAAAGUCCUGCUGAUGUAUCCAAUUCUAAGCACUGGAAAUACUGUCAUUGAGGCUGUAAAAGUCCUUAUAGAGCAUGGUGUUCAACCCAGUGUCAUCAUUGUCCUCAGUCUCUUUUCUACUCCUCAUGGUGCCACAUCAAUCAUCCAGGAGUUCCCAGACAUCACAAUUUUAACCACAGAGGUCCAUCCUGUUGCACCAACACAUUUUGGACAGAAGUAUUUUGGAACGGAUUAAGUUCGAAGAACACUGGGUUUCCCUGUACUAUAUAAUACAGUACAUAUAUGUACUGUAUUAUAAGAGCGUAUUAAGUUUCCUCUUGUUAUCCUAUUUUGGUUGGGGAAUGGGAUGAGACAGUGAGGUGGAGGGGCUGUUUAAAUGGAUUUCUUUUUCUGGGCCAAAUGGGAAACAUUGGCGGUCUCUUCAUUUAAUUUGGUUAUUUCUUGACUAUUGGAACCAAGUGCAAUCAUGAGGCACACUCAGCUCUAUGAAUUGAUGGGAAUUUUAAUAAUGUGCUUAUGCAAAUUACUGGACUCUUCAGUGAAUUAAUUUAUUCUCUAGUUUCUGAACUGCCCUGUUCUGAGGUUUCUUGUAGUUACAAAUAAAACCAAAAAGAGUCAGUUCUGUAAGGCCCACUGCGAGUUGCGUUGUGUUCUGUUUGCUUUCUGCUCCAGAGAGAGAGAGAGAGAGGGAGAGAGAGAGAGAGAGAGAGAGAGAGAGAGAGUGUGUUUGUGUGUGCGUGUGUGAGUGCGUGUGCAUCAUGUGUGUGUGUGCAUGUACAUGUGCGUGUGCGUGUGCGUGCGUGUGUGUGUGUGUGUGUGUGUGUGUGUGUGUGUGUGUGUGAGUGCGAGUACGAGUACACUAAGCCCACUUUCCAUCUUCCUCUGUUCUCCACUUUCCCAGUUUUGGCUCUUUCUGGUGACUCUUAAAGAAACCUGAAUGCCUCUGGAAUUGCUCAUUUUCUUUCCUAUCCGUGCUCAGCUGGCAGACCGAAGAUGUCGGCCCCAGAAUGUGUGCUUGACUUUUCAGCUGGUCCAUUAUUUUCUUUGUGGCUCACUUCCCAAGCAGUGAGUGGCUGGCUGGGCAGUGAAGGAAAAGGGGACCAUUUUGGCAACUGGGCUGUAGCAGUGACCCCCACUGACCACCCCAGGGAAGUCAGAAUGGCAACACAGGAAGGCUAAGUACAGUUAAAUACCAUCAAUCCAGAGAAAGCAAAUGAUGGUUGGGUGUGAGUGGGGCGGGGUAGGGGGUGGUAGCAGGAAGAAUGGUUUCUUGCUUGGUCUUCUGGCCAAUAAGUAAAUUAAAACGAUGUGAUUUCAUAUUCCUGUUUUUUACUUGAAGACUAUGAUUUGGAAAAGUCAUUUGGCAAGUUUUGUUUAUUGUAGAUGUGCCGAAAUGGGACAAAAGAAGGUCAUGUUUUGUAUAAUCCCAAUAAUUUGCGGGUGUUGCUAUUUUGGCUUUCAAAAUGGAGAGGAAUCAUUUUUGAAACAAAAGCUUCUUGGUCAACUGCUUGUAAAAACCUGUACCCUAUUUUGCAUUGCAUUGAUAUUAAAAAAAAACCCAAUUCUAACAGUG